UCGGAAUCAAUAAACAACCAACCGUACAUUUUCGGGAAUCUUCCUCUCAAUAUUCUCCAUUGCCAUCUCUCACCUUCCUUCCUUCAUAAACCUGCAAACUUCUUCCCGGAAUCUGUGUUUAGCUUCUUCUGAGUUCUAAUAUAAUACAUUGGGUUGUGGAUCCUGUAAACCACGAGCUUCUUUGUUGAUUGUAGAUUUGUAGCGGUUGAGUUUGGGUGACUGGGGAGUGCUGGUGGAUUGGGUGUAAAAAAUGAAUGAAGAGAGCUGUUCGCUGGCCGGAGUGGCGGCGGCCGGAGAUGAGGAUUUGAACCGGAGAAUUCUUGGGAAAUAUGAGCUGGGGAAGCUGCUUGGGUGUGGGGCUUUCGCGAAGGUGUAUCACGCGCGGGUCAUCAGGACGGGGCAGAGCGUGGCGAUAAAAGCGGUGAGCAAACACAGGAUUCUAAAGGGCGGGCUAACGGGCCACGUGAAACGGGAGGUUUCUAUCAUGCGCCGGCUGCGCCACCAUCAUAUCGUGCGCCUCCUGGAAGUUCUCGCUACCAAGACGAAGAUCUAUUUCGUGAUGGAGUUCGCCAAAGGCGGGGAGCUCUUCACCAAGGUGGCUAAAGGGCGGUUCAGUGAGGAUCUCAGCCGCAAGUACUUUCAGCAGCUCAUCUCCGCCGUCGGUUACUGUCACUCCCGCGGCGUCUACCACCGCGAUCUCAAACCGGAGAACCUGUUGCUCGACGAGAAUUGGGACCUCAAAAUCACCGAUUUCGGAUUAAGCGCCGUCACGGAUCCGGCCCGACCCGACGGCCGCCUCCACACCUUGUGCGGCACUCCGGCGUACGUCGCUCCUGAGAUCCUGGCGAAGAAAGGCUACUACGGCGCUAAGGUCGACAUCUGGUCCUGCGGCAUCAUCCUUUUCGUCCUCAACGCCGGAUACUUGCCGUUCAACGAUACCAAUCUAAUGAACAUGUAUCGCAAAAUUUACAAAGGCGAGUACCGGUGCCCUAAAUGGACCUCGCCAGAGCUCAAACACCUCCUCGAUCGCCUCCUCGACACCAAUCCUGACACUCGCAUCACGGUGGACGAAAUCAAAGCCGAUCCAUGGUUCCGGAAAGGAUUCAACGACGUUAAACCCCAAAUCGAAUCCGAAUUCGAAUUCAAAACCGACAACGAGAGCGAAACAGAGAACAAAUACCUAAACGCAUUCGAUCUCAUCUCCUUCUCCCCCGGCGUCAACUUGUCCGGUCUGUUCGCUACUCACAGCGCCAUCGCCGACACCGAGCGGGUUCUAUCGGCCGAACCGCCGGAGAAAAUCGUCGACAGAGUAGAGAGGAUUGCUAAAGCGGAGGGAAUGAAAGUGAUUAGAAAGAAUGCUGGAAUUAGGGUGGAGGGGCAAAAUGGUCAUCCCGCAUUACUAGUAGAGAUUAACCGGCUAACGGAGGAGCUGGUAAUAGUAGAGCUUAAAAAUUACCGCGGGGACGAAGCCGGCCGGGAAAAAUGGAGAGUUAAGUUUAGGCAACAGCUUAAACUACUAAGCUAUCAACCAGACGACGCCCAUUAGUAUAAAAAUUAUUACUCCAUAUUAUUACCUUUUACAGUUUUACCUUUUGGAAAAUCGGAGUCUAUGUGGACAAAUAGUUUAGACUUUUUUGAACAUACAAAAUAACCAAAAGGAUAAAGCUAAGCACAAAAAGCUUCUUGCUUUUACCUAUGUUUUUGAGAAUUAAUCACAAUGAUUAGUGAAGGGAUGAAAAUAAACCUGCAGAAGGAAGAGCUUAAACAGCAGUCAUGGAGAGUUGUCUAAUUUAAUUUUCUUAAUACUUUUUUUUCGA